AUGCCUUCCCUACUUCGACAUCUACUGCUGUUACCCAGCGCACUCCUCGCCUUGACUGUUUCGCGUACGCUGGGAGAGCUUGUAGAGGUUCAAAGGAGGCAGUCGACCACGCUACCAAGCCCGAUCGCCUUCGCACCGGAUCAGAACUGGGACGGUAUCGAUGGCUCCUGGUCUACUUUUACCCUGCGCAUUGGCACUCCGGCCCAAUAUGUGCGCACUUUUGUCUCAUUUGCCGCAUAUCAGACAUGGGCAGUCUUGCCGCAAGGGUGUCAAUCAGCGUCAGAUUACAACGGUUGCAUGAGCGCGAGAGGAGGCGUCUACAAUCAAAGCGCCAGCAGCACGUUCGAGAAUAUCGGAAUAUAUGACCUAUGGAUCGAGGAGAAUCUAGGCUUGAUUGGAAAUGCGAUCUUUGGCUAUGAUGCGGUAGGCUUGGGAGGAAAUGGUGAGAAUGGGCCUACGUUGAAAAAUACCACGGUCGGCGGGCUGGCUGUGCCAACCUUCUAUCUGGGAGUGUUUGGUGUAAAUCCAAAGCCGACUAACUGGACAUCUUUCAACGAUCCGGCUCCGUCAUACAUGACUCAAUUGAAGGAGGAAAAGCUGAUUGCUAGCGUCUCCGCAUCGUAUACCGCUGGUGCACCUUACAGAUUCUCCGGGGUGCUGGCCAGUCUGACGUUGGGCGGGUACGACAGCAGCAAGUUUGUGAGCAACAGUGUGCCGUUCACCUUCGCAGCGGACAACAGCCGUGACCUUGUCGUGGCCAUUCAAUCAAUCAGCACUCCGUCUUCCAACGGCUCGAAUCCGGUAGGCACCGCAUUACUUCCAGGUCCGAUCUAUGCGUAUAUCGACAGCACAGUCUCUCAGAUCUGGUUGCCGAUGGAGGCAUGCCAGGUCUUCGAGUCAGUGUUUGGGCUAGUAUACGACAACACGACGCAGUUGUACCUGGUCAAUGAUACUCUACACUCAAGCCUACUGCAGCGGAACGCCAACGUUACCUUCCAGCUCGCGCAGGCAUAUACCGGUGGACCAAGCGUGCAGAUCACAUUGCCAUACGCUGCCUUCGACCUUACCGCUUCCCCACCUUAUCAGGGCUUAACGACACAGACCCGCUAUUUUCCGCUCCGCCGUGCUGCGAAUAGCUCGCAAUAUACCCUCGGCCGGACAUUCUUGCAGGAGGCCUAUCUUACUGUAGACUGGGAAGCUCAGCAAUUCAAUGUUUCGCAGGUGUUGUGGGAUUCGAAUGCGAAGGAGAAUCUAGUCGUUAUCCCACCUACUUCUCAAUCAUCAUCAUCAAGCGCAAGCUCGUCAUACCCUGGAACAGACACCUCUUCCACAUCGUCGAACAAGCUCAGCGCAGGCGCCAUUGCGGGCAUCGUCAUCGGCGCCGUCGCCGCUGUGGUACUGCUUGCCCUACUUCUGAUAUGGUUCUUCCGCAAACGAAGCAAAGACGCCCAAGAAAGAGAACGCCAGAACGAGAAAUUGGGCUCAAACAGCGAUGAGUCCAAUGAGCGUGGUCGGCAGGCUAACGUCUUCCCCAAGGCCGAGUUGGAAGGCUCAGCUCCGACGCCGCCUACACCGAUAGGCGUGCAAGAUAACCGACGCCUUCUGUCAACGGCUGGCGGAUCAAUUUCAGAUGCACCUGCAUCGAAUGAGCGGCAAAUACACGAGAUGCCGGGCGACAUGCCAACGGUUAGAGAGAAGGAUGGGAGGGCAUUGAGCGAGAAGGAGGCGCUAGCGCACCGGGAGAAAGUUUACAACGGUGUCGACUCCGCGCCGAACUCGCAGACGGCCAUCAAUGAGGACGGCUCUCGGGAGCGCAGGAGAGUAGACCCAAGCGAUGUGGUCAGAAUGCCUACCUCCGCCACCACCGGCACUCAUGCCUCCGGUGGUGAGACGAGAGAUCAGUUCCACCAUCGAGCAUUCUCGUUCGAGCAAGAACGCGGAAACGAUGACUUGGGUCUCUCCUUUGACAAGGAUCGAGAUAGCGAAUACUCGCAAGACGAUCUGUACUCGUAG